ACUGAGACUACCACUAUAAGGGAACUCAGGUGUUAAAAGUCUUGUCAAUUUUGCUCUUAGUUUAGUUGUGAAACAAUGGCUCGGGAAUGUGUUUUUUGCAAUAUUGUGUCCAAGAAAGAGAACACGGAAUUGCUAUUUGAAAAUGACAAUUUUGUUAUUAUCAGAGAUAUUAAACCUGCUUGUGACUUCCACUAUUUGGCUAUUCCGAAAAGACAUAUUAGAGAUGGAAGAGAUUUGCAAUUAACCGAUAAGCCUUUGUUGUUAGAAAUGGAGCAAGAACUUCGGAAUCUCUUUGCCAAAGAAAAUGUUGCAUCCGAACACAUUUCACUUGGAUUCCAUUGGCCACCAUUCAUCAGCGUUCCUCAUCUGCAUAUGCACGGAUUAGCACCUACAAAUCAAAUGAACUUCAUUGCCCGUUGGAUAUUCAGACCGAGUAAUUACUGGUUCCGAACGACCCAAUAUGUUCUCGAUAACAUUAGCUCAAAUUCUUCUUCGUCCAAAGAAACACACAGUGCGACCCAGUGAAAUUGCAAUACAAAUUAUUUUCUGUGAUAAAAUUGGUGAACGAAUAAAGCGAUGUAUUUUACUGGCGAAUCA